AUGCAGGUCCCUCCAAUGUCGGUGAUUAAAUCCUGGCCUCACCCGAACUAUGAGAAUCCAUCAGAAGUUCGGGGGCCUGGAUUAAUCAUACUGACGGUUAUAUUCGUUCCCCUGACCGCCUUCAUCGUUAUGCUACGCCUGUUCACUCGUAUCCGAAUAUCAAAAAGUUUUGGUGUGGAUGAUAUACUUAUAGUUGGUGCUACAAUCCCCGCCAUUGCCUGCGGUGUGAUUACUGUUAUAGGCACAAUCAAGUUCGGCUGGAGUCGACAUGUCUACGACGUCCCAUUAAGCCAUAUUGUUCUAGGCUUGAAGCUCAAUAUGGCCAUAGACUGCCUCUUUGGCAUCAGCUGCGCUCUUACCAAGCUCUCCCUUCUCUGCUUUACCCGGAAGUUGACCGCUGGAACAAAUUCAGUCAUCAUGAAGUGGCUUGUUUUUAGUUCUAUAGUUAUUGUUGCGCUCCAGGUGAUCAUAUUCUGCAUUGUGGUUAUCUUCACUUGUCGCCCGGUCUCAGCCUACUGGACUCUAAGCUUCAAGCCCCAGGAGUGCAUCAACGAAACGGCACACCUCCUAGCAGGUACAAUAAUAAAUAUAGUCACGGACCUCUUAGUCGUUGUCUUACCGAUACCCACUGUCAUGGGCCUCAAGUUGCCGUAUAGGCAGCGUAUCAUCUUAGCCCUCCUUUUUGGUGCUGGAUUCGCAGUCUGUAUUGCUGGGACCUUCAAAAUCUACUUUCUUUAUAAGUAUAAUAUCUCACAUGACAAAACCUGGGCGUCCUAUCCUGUCUGGAUUUCAGGCACUAUCGAGCUGUACCUCGGCGUUAUCGCUGCUUCGCUUGCCUCUCUCAAACCACUUUUCGCACGCUACCUCCCUAACAUUAUGAGUACAUGGUCUUCCCAACGAGGGACUGCUUCUGGCUACUCCAACUCCCGUGGACGGCGAGCUGACAACCGGUAUCCAAAUGAUGGCGGGGGUGGAAUUCUCAAUAGCUACCAUACCACAACGACGGUUGCAUCCGCAACACCGAACGGUAUCGAGUUUGUAGACUUGGACAAGAAGGGGGUGAUGGUGUCCAAGUACAUAACUUAUGAAGCCAGGAAUGUAUCCAAACCUUCGAGCAUUCAAUCCGCGGACGCAACAUCUGAGUCGGAACUGAGGCUGACUUGA